AAUGGCACACUCUCUCCAUCACCGACCGAUCCGCUAUUUAAAUCGUCCACUCCUAAACCAUCCCGAGGCAUCUGCUCCGCGUUGACCGCACCACUCUCUGUCUCCGCUCUUCCGCUCCUCCCCCGCAGUCGUCGGCAGGAAGCGGAUCGAAGCCACCGAAAGAUCCCGCCGAUCGAGGAAGGAAUCUUGAGCGCAUCGGCCAUGGCAUCGGCUGCGAGGCUGGAUCUUGACGGGAACCCGAUAGAGCCGAUGACGAUCUGCAUGAUUGGGGCCGGGGGGUUCAUCGGAUCGCACCUAUGCGAGAAACUGAUGGCCGAGACGCCCCACACGGUGCUGGCAGUGGACGUCUACAGCGACAAGAUCAAGCACCUACUCGACGCGGCGGAGGGGCAAGAGGCCGCGCGCCGCCCUUGGGGCGGCCGGAUCCAGUUCCACCGCCUCAAUAUUAAGAACGACUCCAGGCUCGAGGGCCUCAUCAAGAUGUCGGAUUUGACGAUUAAUCUGGCAGCAAUUUGCACUCCUGCUGAUUAUAACACCCGCCCACUAGACACCAUCUUCAGUAAUUUCAUUGAUGCUCUCCCAGUUGUUAAGUAUUGCUCAGAAAACAACAAACGCGUCAUUCACUUCUCAACAUGUGAAGUGUAUGGGAAAACGAUAGGAAGCUUCCUACCCAAUGAUCAUCCUCUUAGAAAGGAACCUGAAUUCUUUGUGCUCAAGGAAGAUGUGUCACCCUGUAUUUUUGGUCCUAUUGAGAAGCAGAGAUGGUCUUAUGCCUGUGCAAAGCAACUUAUUGAAAGGCUGAUUUAUGCCGAGGGUGCAGAAAAUGGUCUUGAGUUCACCAUUGUGAGGCCUUUCAAUUGGAUUGGACCAAGGAUGGACUUCAUCCCUGGAAUUGAUGGUCCUAGCGAGGGUGUUCCGAGGGUUUUGGCAUGCUUCAGUAAUAAUUUGCUGCGGCGUGAGCCUCUGAAACUUGUUGAUGGCGGCCAAUCCCAACGAACAUUUGUGUAUAUCAAGGAUGCUAUUGAAGCUGUUCUGCUUAUGAUAGAAAAUCCUGCUCGAGCUAAUGGCCACAUCUUUAAUGUCGGAAAUCCUAACAAUGAAGUCACUGUAAAACAACUUGCUGAAAUUAUGACACAGGUAUAUUCAAACGUAUCAGGGGAGCCCGCUUUGGAGGUGCCUACGAUUGAUGUGAGUUCGAAAGACUUCUAUGGCGAAGGAUACGAUGACAGUGAUAAAAGAAUCCCUGACAUGACUAUUAUCAAUAAACAACUUGGUUGGAACCCGAAGACAUCUCUUUGGGACUUGCUGGAUUCCACGUUGACCUAUCAGCACAAGACCUAUGCUGAAGCCAUCAGAAGGUCCAUUGCAAAGCCUGCCGCAUCGCACUAGAUGCUUGCCUGCCAGCCUUUCCUGUCUGCCUUUUUAUAUAUUUUGCAGAUCAUAUAGAUAUUGCUAGUGAAUUGUUGCAUUGUCAUUUUUUCUGUUGAGACUUUCUUCACUAGCUUAUGACCCAUAAUUUAAUUAUCAUGGGGGGAAUUCAUUUACCUACUAAGACUGAAUGCUGGAAGCCAAGCCUAUAUAAGCCAAUGACUGGUAUUUUGUUAA